AUGAGGACAAAUAGCGCGGGGUUUCAGCAACAAAUUAGAGCUCCGAGUGGAGAGAAGCAGCGAGAGAAGCCUAAAGAUAGUAAAUCAGAACAUCCUGAGGAUCCAAUCUAUACAUCAGCGCGGGAUCUCGAGCCAAUUUUGAAACACCCACAGCCGAACUGGAAUCAAUACACAGUCACUAAAAUCUCCGAGGGCUUUGACCGUAUUGAUCUCGAAGCAAGCCGAGAGAAUGAAGCUGAUCAUCAAUCGGGUGCAAACGAAUACUCGGUUACCGGACGUAACACUCCACUUCGACAAAGGUCUCUCCCCAAACCAAAAGUAACCUCUACUCUGGCACCUCCCAAGAAUCACAAUAACUACGGACUUAAAAGAAAGCCAAUAACGAAGCAACCAGCAAAGAAAAGUGAUUUUACACUUCUCAGCCAGAUUGAACAUGGAAACUUCCUAGCAACCGGCGCGAAUCCCAAUUUCCAGCCUCCUCCAAAAGCUACAGUACCCUCAGAUUCUAGACCAAAGUACAAAAUUUCAGAUAUCCAGAAGAAGAGCUCAAAUCCUCAUAGAGUCCACAGUGACGUGGCGAGCGAUUUCAAUGACAGCAGGAAAAGAACUCGUGGUCAAAACCAGGGCAUCACUAUUCCUCAACAAGAGAAAAUCCGGCUCUACCGCCUCGUAAUGUGCACAAAAAAAAAGAUGAAUCCUCUACUUCUCGGCAGCGACCACAACUCUCAAGGCAGAAGCCUGUGUCGCGUCAGAAUCGUCGUCCCAUUGCCACUGAUAAGCAAGACUCUAGACAAGUGCCAGGCUCGAGAUCUCAUACAAAUCAGGGGAAUGGUAGUCAGUCUCUCGUGA